UCCCUCACGUUACAAGCAUCAACCACCCCAUACUCUCUCUGUUAACGGUUACUUCUAUUCCUCCAAUACCAACUAUAAACAAACAUCAUCGUCUUCACCUUUUACCUCAAAAAACCCAAACAACCAAACAUCAUCUCUCUCACCUUCACACCCUUCUCCAAAACCCAGAACCCAAAACUUCCAAUUCCUCGGAAAAAACCAUGAAGAAGCAAAAGCUGUCUCAAGGGCUCGACGGUGGGCUCGGGGUCAACUACUUUGAUCUCUUAUCCGAAGAAAUCGUCUUUUCAAUCAUCGACUUCCUUGGCCCAAACCCGCUAGACAAGAAGUCGUUUUCUUUGGUGUGUCAAUCUUUCUACACCAUCGAAGCCAAGCACCGCCGAACCCUCAAGCCGCUCCGCACCGAGUACCUCCCGAAGGUCCUGACCCGUUACGCGAACGUGACCCACAUGGAUCUCUCGCUGUGCCCGCGGGUCACCGACCGGUCGCUGGGUGUAAUAGCGGGCGCGUGCGGAUCCACGCUCCACUCCAUCGACCUCUCGCGGUCGAAGUUCUUCUCGGGUGCUGGGCUGUUGAGCUUGGCGGUGAGGUGUGUGAACCUGGUGGAGCUGGACCUGUCGAACGCGACGGAGCUGAGGGACGGGGCGGCGGCGACGGUGGCGGAGGCGAAGAAUCUGGAGAGGCUGUGGAUGGGGAGGUGCAAGAUGGUGACGGAUAUGGGGGUGGGGUGUAUCGCGGUGGGGUGUAGGAAGCUGAGGCUGCUGAGCUUGAAAUGGUGUGUGGGUGUUGGUGAUCUGGGUGUGGGUUUGGUUGCUGUCAAGUGUAAGGAUAUUCGUACUUUGGAUCUUUCUUACUUGCCGAUCACUGAUAAAUGUUUACCUUCCAUCUUGAAUUUGCAAUAUCUUGAAGAUUUGGUGUUGGAAGGGUGCUUUGGUAUUGAUGACAACAGCCUUGCAGUCCUCAAACAUGGCUGCAAAUCGCUAAAGAAACUUGAUAUGUCAAGUUGUCAGAAUGUUACUCAUGUUGGCUUGUCUUCCGUAUUCAGUUGCACUAGAUGUCUAGAACAACUUACCUUAGCAUAUGGUUCUUCUGUUACUUUUGAUCUUGCUGAUAGUUUGAACAAGCUUCACAUGUUGCAAUCAAUCAAAUUAGAUGGUUGCUCAGUUACCUGUGCUGGACUAAGGGCCAUCGGAGAUUGGUGUGGUUCGCUGAGGGAGCUGAGCUUAAGUAAAUGUUCAGGGGUGACCGACGAAGGUCUGUCCUACCUUGUUAUGAAGCAGAAAGAUUUGAGGAAGCUAGAUAUAACGUGUUGUCGCAAGAUUACUGAUGUUUCUAUUUCCCACAUCACAACUUCAUGCACUGCUCUUAUUUCUCUCAAGAUGGAAUUAUGUACCCUGGUUCCUAGGGAAGCAUUUGGCUUAAUUGGACGGUGCCAUUCUCUUGAGGAGCUUGACUUGACAGAUAAUGAAAUUGAUGAUGAAGGUUUAAAAUCCAUCUCCACAUGUUGCAAACUCUCUAGCUUAAAACUGGGACUUUGUCUAAACAUAACUGAUGAGGGACUUGCCCAUGUUGGCAUGUGCUGUGUAGCACUUAAAGAGAUGGAUUUGUACAGGUGUGCAGGAAUAACAGAUUCAGGAAUUUUAGCAAUUGCUCACGGUUGCCCUGGCCUUGAGAUGAUUAACGUAGCCUACUGUAAAGAAGUUACUGAUAAUUCCUUACUAUCGCUCUCAAAAUGCUCAAAACUAAACACGAUUGAAAGUCGAGGAUGUCCGCAUAUCACAUCCUUAGGUCUAACAGCAAUUGCUGCAAGAUGCAAGCAACUGACCAAGUUAGACAUAAAGAAAUGUUACAAAAUUGAUGAUGCUGGGAUGAUUCCGCUUGCUCACUCUUCUCAAAACCUCAAGCAGAUAAAUUUGUCAUAUAGCUCAGUUACAGACGUGGGGCUCUUGUCCCUUGCCAGCAUCAGCUGCCUACAGAGCUUGACUAUCUUGCACUUGAAAGGCUUGAGUCCGAGUGGACUAGCAGCUUCCUUAUUGGCAUGUGGAGGACUGACAAAAGUGAAGCUCCAUGCUUCCUUUAAAUCCUUGUUACCCAAACCGCUUUUUGAACACUUGGAGGCACGCGGUUGUGUGUUCCAGUGGAGAGAUAAAGAGUUUCAGGCAGAAUUAGAUCCCAAGUGUUGGAAACUACAGUUGGAAGAUGUGUUGCAAUAGGGUUUUCUGAAGCUCCUUGAAGUAUGCAGAAAUUGACGGAGUCAAAUACAAGUCUUCAGUUUGGUUUUAUGCAUAAGUACAAGUGUUGGAAACUACAGUUGGAAGAUGUGAUGCGGUGGGGCUUUCUUAAGCUCCUUAAAGUCAGAGGUGGUUUUAUGCAGAAGUAGACGUCCUGAGCAUAUUAGUAUUAGGACUUUUCCCCCCCAUAAUUGUUUUAUUGUUUGGCAAAGUGAUUAAUUACUUUAGCCUUUGGCAGCUCUUUGGAGAAAUGUGCUGUUUUUGUGUAAGGACAUUCCUAGAUCACUGCCUGCCUUAUACGUGCACUGAAUUGCACAGAUCUGUAAUUGGAAGUCUUAUUAUAAAUAUAUUUGCAAGAUUAAUGUGGAA